AUGGAUGUACUUAAAAUAAAGGCUAAAGAAACCAUUUGUGAUAUUGAGCGGGCAGAAACAAAGCGAAAGAAUCUGUUACGCUACCUUAGACUUGCAAAGGAAAGGGCAGACUUGGCAGAUGAGGAAAGAGAUUCACUGAAGGAGAAGAUAAAAAACAAGAAAGAGGAGUUGGAGAAUCUCAACAAAGAAACAGCUGAAAAAGACGGAGAUCGCGUAGCUAAAGAAGAAGAAGCUGAAGAAAGUGAGAAGGCAAGGAAGGCCCUUGAAGCAAAGGAAUUGGAAGUCGGUGAUGGAUUAGUCAUGCUAGAGAUUAAGUGUAGAGAUACAAAGAAAAUUGCUGAUGAAAAAGAGGAAAAACUUGCCGAAGCCAAAGUCAGGCAUAGCAGUAUGAAGGCAGAACUAAGUGAGCUUUUGGCACGAUUAAACGAAGCUGAGUCCAAGAUUGUCAAGUUGAGUGAAGAGACAGAUUCUGACACCAUUAGAGUCAUAAAUUUAGAAAUCAAACACAGGCGGUAUGCCCAGCGUGAAGAAUAUUUUGAAGACAAAGUUGAGACCAUUGAACAGCAGAUCAGAAAUUUGGAAUUUGAGGCUGGCAGGAAUGAAGCAGAAGCUAAGUUGCUGGUAGUGCAAAGAGACAGACUGAAAUGUAAGUGUCAUCCCAAGUUAACCUCCUUCCUUCCAAUUAGAAUUUCGAACUGAAAAGAUUAAUCCAAUAGAUUUUAGGAUCAUUAGGAUUUUGAUUUUUGCCCUUCAAUUUGAAUAUUUCAAUGAUCAAUUUAUUGGUUUUAAUGUUGUAUUCCUUCUCUGAUGUUUUCAGUCCUAAACUGGAGAGCCACCUUUGAGGCCUUCCAAGGGGGGUUCUGAUGUCGCUUUGUCUCUCAUUUUCCAACUCUCCUGUCACCUAUUUGGCUAGAGACAAAUGUCGCUGUCAUUUUUUCACUACAAUGCAAUUUUUUGCUAGAAUACAAAUGUUCACUAAACGUACUUAAUUUUUGCAUCCUCUAAUUUUGAUUAAUAUUUAAAUAGUUUUAAAUUGUUUGUUUAAUGAUUUAAUAUCUUAAUUUGUACAAGAAAUAGUAACACCAACAGAAGAUUUAGAGUCACGCUGGCCUGGUCGGUCAUGUCGCUGUCAAAAUAACAAAUUAAAAAGUUGUCGCUUUGUCAAAAUUAGAAAUGGAUUUUCGCUGUUGCAAAUUGUCGCUUUUUUCUGUAAGUUUCUGUCGGCUGUCGGUGUUCUGGAACAAGAUUGUCACUACAUUUUUUGCAAAUUUAGAGCGAUGUUUCUUGUCGCCAAAACUCCUUGGAAGGCCUCACCUUUGCUACUUGAUCAAUUUAAAAGACAAGAAAGCUCCCGCAAACCUCUUUAUUUCCAAUCAAAAUUCUCUCUUUACUUAAUGUGCAAGCGCAGUAGCACAGCCUAAGGGCUGAUAAGUCACGUGGGGUUUACUGAUGUCUAAAAAUGUACAAAAACCUCAUUUCAUUACAUCAUACAAAUCUAAAAAUUGGACACUUUGUGCAUGGCCUCAGGUGUUUCAAUUAAAACGACACCUCACAUGAUUCUGUCCAUUUUCUUAUACAGCUGUAGGUUAGAGCAACAUUGUAUGUCUCGAUUAAUCAUAACUAUAACAAAAUUCUCAAAUCUGAUUGGCUAUCAACUGUCCUGAUUUUAGCACUAAUAGGACAGUGUAAUGGGACAGUAUGUGUCAUGUCUCAGUAAUUGGACAAUACAUGUAUACACCAUCAUGCCCGCUUAAAUGUUUUCUUUUACUACUAGCUAAAAAACUCUCAGCAUCUCUUGUGUUUUGAAUUUUGAAAAGGCCUAAAAUAUCUAAAAAAAAUUUGUUAUAGUUAUUAUUAAUAUUGUUUACAGAACUGCAUGUUGUCCAUUUCGUAGUGAUAAAUAGUUGAUAUUUACUGUCAUGGCAAUAAUUAUUAUUGGCAUCAGCAUGUUUAUAUGAAGAAUUGUGCGGACUUGAGAGGGUCUUAACACCUUCCUCAACUUACAUUAUUUUUCACAUCAUUCUCAGCCUCAUCCAAUAAAAGUUGUUAUUAUUCAUUCAAAAUAUUUCACCAUUUUUGACUGGCUCAAAGCCCCUGGCUAAUUCUUCCUAACCAACUGGCAUUGACCAAAUUUGGAAGAUGCAAGCAAUUGAUUCAAUGGUACAUCAACUUGAGAAUGACGUUAAUUGAUGGUAUGUUUUUUGAAACGAGGUUCCUUCAGAUCGUGUCUAUAUCAUUUUACCCUCAAUAACUCAAACCAUGUUUUUUUAGCACAUGACAAGUAAAAAAAAGGGUGCUGCAGUCCACAACAUUGCAUUUAUUACAACCAUGUAUUCUUAAUCAAGCUUUAUUCCUUAAUUUUAAAAUAUCAAUACACAUUGUAUUCUCUUGCUGCCCUUGAAAUGAAGUGUGCAUGAUAUUUCUUCCCCUAGACUCACCUAGAAGGUUGAAGCUUUCAGGAGUCAAGUGCAGUAGCAAAUUUUAAUUUGUUGUUGUUGUUGUUGUUACCUUUCAACUAGUAAUCCCUUUCUAACCAAGUGUUUUUAAAUCUUCUUUCUCUUUAAAGCCCAACUGAACUCCUGGAGAAAGCAAGUAGCACACCUGACAAGUGAACUGGAAGAUUAUAAAGCCGACCUAAGGCGUUAACUGACUCGUUAAUACCUGUAGCACAUUUGUAACAGUUACAUGUAACAUGCUGCCACAACUAGAAAUGAAGUUCUAGCUGUAAUAAUAUAUAACCAGACUGACUCAAUAAGAAGGCAAGAAUAUGUAACAUAGCCUUUUACAAGGAUUUUGUUUAUAAGCCCACCAGGAUACACGGUCCAUAUUGGUACGGAUGCUUAAUUUUAAACUACAUGUAAUGGAAUUGUGUGAAAUGUUGAAUGCAGGAGCUGCUGAAACUCGUGUAACAUGAGAAAAUCUAAGCCUGUGCAUUAUAUUUUCUAUUUUGGGACUCAUAAUACGUGAGGAAUAAAAUCUAGAACAAUUUCAACCAAAAAUCUUGUAUGAGCACUCUACCCGAAUUCACAGCAAUUUUGGCCUCACAGAAGAUCCCAACAAGCCAGGAAUAAGUUUUUCCAUUAUCCUCAAUUUCUUUGUAGCAAUAAAACUACACAUAUGUGAAUUUUAAUUCUUUACCCUUAGUACAAGCUAAUGAUUAAAGAUUUCUGUAAUUUAGUGAAGCAGUGGAAACACAGAGUAAAGCAUGGAAACUAAACGUUGGAUUGCUUUCCUUCAGUUCUCUUAAAUUGCUUCAGUACAGCUGUAGUAAAAUAAUGUUCUCAUUUUAAUUCCUGUGUAAUUUGUGAUGUUACUAAAUUCAAAUGAGAAAGAAAAAAAGAAAGAAGAAGUUGUAGUCAAUAGGGCCAUUGUGAUUUGUGAAAUGGCUUAUCUGUACUCUAUACCCUAAAAUCUUGAUUUAAGGACGUCUUGAAAUACCUUGAAA